UGCAGAUGUAACUGCAUACUCCCCCAAAUUCAGACAUGGAUAAACUUUGUCGAGUUUGCAUGGACAGCUCCGUCACAUUGGUCGACAUAUUCGCCGAGCGCCAGCAACAGUCAAAAAAGGAUCCCAGCCUGGCGGAAAUGCUAAAUGAUUUUUGCGAGGUGAAACCCAAGGAUCUGCUGCCCCAACAUAUAUGCCUGUCCUGCGUGCUGGCGACACAAAAUGCCUACAAAUUCAAGCGCACAUGCGAGGAGAGUCAACGCAGGCUGACGCAGCUCCUGGAAAAGAAAUACAAAGAAAACGUCAAGGCUGCACUUCCCUUCGUGGAGGCUGUCUACCAAAAGGAACAAAUCGGUUUCAACUUGAACAACGUUAAAGUUGAGCCGCUACACCCAGACGAGGCAGUUGGCGACGCAAAAGCGCAUCCACUGAUAACUGAAAAAUCUCUGCCGAGCUCCAGGCCGCUGCAAGUGCGCCAUAAGCUAAAUAGCCUGGUAAAUCGGAAGGCACAGAACAGUGGCGAACCACGCUUCAGGUGCAAAUUCUGCGACAAAGGAUUUGGCCGAGUCUACCUUUUGAACCUGCACGAGAAACGCCACACGGGUGAGAGGACGCAUUUCUGUGACUUUUGUGGCAAAGGCUUCCUACGUGGUCACGAUCUGACCAUUCAUACGCGGAUUCACACUGGCGAACGUCCGUUUAAGUGUCCACACUGCUCACGUUCUUUUAUCCAGAAUCACCUGCUCAAGGCUCAUAUGCGUCAUCACAGUAGUCGAGAUGGUUUUCGUUGCGAACAGUGCCCGCUUGUUUUCAAACUGCAAUCUCAGUUGAGUCUGCACCAAUCGGUGCCUCACGGUCCAACCGCUACGACAGCCAGGAAUUCGGCGGCAAAGCAUCCUGCACCCAAACAGAAGAAGAAACAGAAAAUAAAGUCAGCUAGACGGCAAAUGUCGCAGAAUCCCUUGGAUGCCACGGAGCGUGCACUACGAAACAGGUUAGCGCCCGUCGCCUACGAAGAGCUGGAUAUUGAAUGUGAACUGGCCGACACGGUGGACGCGAAACCGCUCACCGACCAGCCAACGGCCAGACUUAAUUUCAAUGAAAUCAGUUGCGACAGUCCCAAGAAUCAUCCUGUACGACAAAAACGCAGCAAUGUUAAAAGUCGGAAAUCCUGCAGUUUACCUUUGAGUCACUUCUGUGAGACUUGUGGCAAGGGAUUUCCGCGCCGAUACAGUCUGGUGACACACAUUCGAACGCAUACGGGCGAGCGUCCCUACAAGUGCCCCUACUGCGCAUUGGCAUUCACCCAAGGACAGGCUCUGAAGAGGCACAUACGCAGGCUGCACAGCAACAGCGUUCACAAGGAGCUGCGCAAUAGUGCCAAAGAUAUCCUGCUGCCCCCGUUGAAAAAAGCGAUCGUGCGAGUGGCGCGUCUACACUUACCACCCCGCUUACUGACUGUUAAAAGUCCUGACUGAUUUAUAUUCUUAUUUUUAUUUAAUUUAUUUAGUUUUAUAAAUUAUUGGCAAU